GCCAAUCAGCCGCACGCCGCUGACACAGGUUUCAUAUUUGCAGAAAAUACCAACACUGCCGCGCCACUUUUCGCCCAGUGCAGCAGCCGCAGCAGCAGCAUCGGCCGGAGGUAUUGGUGCGCCAGGUGUAACACCAUCACUACUCGCAACCGGUGGCUUACCCAGUAGCUCAUCUGCCAGCGCUUUGUACAGCCCGAAUGCCACAGGCCUGCCAACAUCUCCACUGCCACUACAGCGUCAAUUUCAUCACCCGCCACCACCGCAACAGCACCAACCGCCAUUGCCGCCGUCAUCUCAUCUCCCUCAAUUGCAUCAACAAUAUUUGCCACCACAUCAUCAGCUGCCGCCACCAGCGCCGCCGCAUUGCUCGCCUUCAAUCGGCAUGUUGGCGCAUCACGCACCGCCACAGUAUUCACCGGCACAUUCCGCGCACUCCUCCUCGUCCAAGUAUUCGACCUCAUCGCUGAAACACCAGCAUCAACAGCAGCAUGGUAUGCAGCCGCACGCUCUGCAGCAACAACAACAACAACAACAGCAGCAGCACCAACAUGCGCCGCACCAGCUAUCGCCGGCGAUUUCAUCACCUUCACCACCUUCGCUGCUACACCAUCCGUCGUCGGCGCAUCCGCCCUUCCAGCUAGUCGGCCAUCAGCAGCUCGACAUGCAACGGCAUUCGCAUUCGGACGAUGACAGCGGCUGUGCACUGGAGGAGUACACAUGGGUGCCGCCCGGUCUGAGACCGGAUCAGGUACGCUUGUAUUUCUCACAAAUACCCGAUGACAAAGUGCCAUACGUGAAUAGUCCGGGAGAGCAGUAUCGAGUACGACAAUUACUACAUCAACUUCCACCACACGACAAUGAGGUUCGUUACUGUCACUCAUUGACGGAUGAGGAACGCAAGGAACUUCGCCUAUUCUCCACACAACGAAAACGUGACGCACUUGGACGUGGCAAUGUCAGACAGUUGAUGAGUGCGCGCCCGUGUGACGGUUGUGACGAAUUGAUUUCUACCGGUGACAUAGCUGUGUUUGCCACACGUCUAGGUCCGAAUGCCUCUUGGCAUCCGGGUUGCUUCAUUUGCUGCAUCUGCCAUGAGCUGCUAGUCGAUCUCAUUUACUUUCAUCGCGAUGGCCGACUGUACUGUGGACGUCAUCAUGCGGAGACAUUGAAGCCGCGCUGCUCCGCCUGUGAUGAGAUAAUCCUAGCUGAUGAAUGCACCGAAGCGGAAGGACGUGCUUGGCAUAUGAACCACUUCGCGUGCCAGGAGUGCGAGAAGCAGCUUGGUGGUCAACGGUACAUAAUGCGCGAGGGCAAACCCUAUUGUCUGCUCUGCUUCGACGCCAUGUUCGCUGAAUACUGUGACUACUGCGGCGAGUCCAUCGGCGUGGAUCAGGGGCAAAUGAGUCACGAUGGCCAGCAUUGGCACGCGACGGACGAGUGUUUCUCCUGCAAUACUUGCCGCUGUUCGCUUUUGGGGCGCGCAUUUUUGCCACGUCGUGGUUCCAUCUACUGUUCGAUUGCAUGCAGCAAAGGUGAGCCGCCCACACCGUCGGACAGCUCAGGCACUGGCAUGUACACCACACCGACGCCACCAACUCAGCGAGUGCGCCCACAUACGCACAUUCCCAGCAGUCACGCAUCAAGUUCGCCGCCAAUGUCGCCGAUGCAGCAACAACAACACCAACAGAGCUUUAGUCAAGCAAUGUAUCAGUUGCAGAGUCAGCAAAUAGCGGCGGGGAUAGGUGGAAGUGGCGAUGCCGCUGGCGGCAGUGUUAGUGAUAGCAGUCCUGGGAGGGUUGGCGGAGAAAUAGGUGGGCUCGAGAGUAUGCCAGCAGGCAUGAGUGCGGCAGGAAUGAGCGCCGCAGCCGAUAUGACGCUUAUGGAGGCAACCAAACAGAGUUACCAAACUUCAGACUCGGAUGGCGGCGUAGUCAAGGAUAUGGAGCGCGCAGCCGGUAGUCGCGGCACUGGAGACUUUACCGACUUUUCUGGUGGCGCACCAUCUACUUCAUCGCAGAAUCUAUCGCCACUGCUAUCACCAGGCGAAUACACUCAUUUGAUGCCCAAACCAAUGGAACUUAAAUCGGAGGCGGCCUACAACUUCAAUGAGAUGGCGCUAAACUUGGAUGCCGCUUGGCCUGCCAAACCGCCGCAUAGUGGCUCACACACAUACAAUCUGCCGCGUCAUAUGCAGCAUGUUUCGAAAAUGGAGAGUUCCAUGGCCUCUAGCAUGCCCGAGCUGACAGGCCGCCAACCCCCGAUAGGUCCACAUUUGGGCGCUCAUACCUCCUCGCAGCAAUUUGCACAAGACUACAGCGAAGUGAUCACUUCUCCGUUAAAUUCCGAUAUCGCUGAGCUACCCACACCCAACUUGUCGGUCGCCUCUACCGCGUUGCCACCCGAAUUGAUGGGAUCACCUACUGCAUCUGGCGGCGAGCGCUCAAUUACCUCGCCGCAGUCCAUGCAAUCUGGUCAAGCGCCCGCGCACCCAGUAUCCAUACUUAGUGGCGCAUCUUCUUCGUCGCCUAUGAGCGGCGCAACCGGCAGCGGUGAGGUGAAGAAGAAAGGUGUGCGCUUCGAGGGCAUACCAGCAGAUACGCUUUCGCGUUCACGUAGCUAUUCUGGCAAUGGCGCGGGCACCGGUGCUGGUGGCUGCGGUGGUGGCGGUGAUGGUAGCAGGCACAAAGACAGCGCCGGUGGCAGCGCCGAACGUUCGUCCAGCAGCAGCGGCCAUACAUCGCGACGGAAACGUCGUCGCAAAUCAUCAAGUCAUCGCAACAGCGGCUAUCGUUCACACUCAACAACGCGCGCUGACACUUAUGUAACUGCGCAGCCGCUAUCCUCGUCCUAUCAAAGUCCACCUUCAGUGCUGCAAUCCGCUUCAGAAUCGCAAGUUGGCGGGAGCACGAUAGCUGCACAACAUGGCGCACAUUGCGGUGACGAUGAAUCGGACGAUGCCUCAAGCGUUUGCUCAACAUGUUCGUCAUCCUCAUCCUCCUCCGAAGACUACAUGAUGAUGUAUCAACUGCCGCAGCGGCGACACUAUGGCGGUGUGCGUGUAAGCUAUGUGCCCAAUGAUGCGCUUGCUUACGAUCGAAAGCGCAAGCCGGGCGAUAUGAGCGAUAAGGACAAGAACUGCAUCAUUUCGUGAUGCGCUGGUGUAAAAUGGGGGGUAACACGCAGUGCAUUUGGGCAGCCUCAGGAGCCAUUAAAGUCUUGUCAGAGCAUCUUGAGGCAAAGAAGUGGACUACAAAAGCCGACGGCAAAACGAGGCAGUUGCUGCUGUAAGGCGGCAUCAAACAAAAGCAAACAAAACAAAAAGUACAACAAAAUUCAAAAGUAAAAAGAGGCAUCAGUCAUUAAAGCUUAAUACCAUUGCUUCCAGGCAUACAGUGACACGGCGACGGCGGGUAUCAAAGCGUUUUAUUUUUUAUUUUUUUUGACGAAAACAAAACUAAUGAAUCUUAAAUAAAUUUAU